UUUCUCAUCGUCUCAUGAUUCCUCUAAUUUUUCGGUUCAUAUAAAACAAAAACAUCGGAGGCCUGAAUAAAAGCCUCUGAUUGUCGCCCACAAUGGCGAGACCACACGUCGCCAUCAUCGGUGGCGGCCUCACUGGACUCUCUGCUGCCUUCCACAUCUCUCGCGCGCUCCCCCAAGCCCGCAUAACACUUCUUGAGAAAUCACCACGUCUCGGUGGCUGGGUACGGUCAGAACGUGUCCAAGUUGAAGACACGCAGGGAAAUUCUGCUUCUGUCGUUCUCGAAGCUGGUCCGCGUACAUUACGACCCAAUGCUCAGAGCGUACUAGAGCUCAUACAUCUUCUAGAGCUGAAAGACGAAACGAUUACUACCCCGAAGUCAUCUCUAGCCGCGAAGUCGCGGUUCCUGCACAUUCCACCCCGACGAGGUCUCCUACCGCUCCCCCAUUCCCUCAUCUCGCUUUGCACGUCCCCACUCGCACCACUUCUCUUUCGGGCUAUAUUGACAGAUCUUUUCCGCAAACCGAGCCGUCCUCAGCUAGACUUGUCGACGAGUGCACUCAGUAAAGCUUCUUUCCCGGACAGGCGCAGUUGGUCAGACGACAAAAUAACGGACGAAACCUUCCACUCCUUCCUCUCCCGACGCUUUGGUGACGCCUUUGCAACCAAAUUUGGAUCUGCACUUGUACAUGGCAUCUAUGCUACUGAUUCUCGCCGGCUCAGCGUACAGGCCGCGUUCCCUUCGCUUUGGAAAUUGGAGGAAAAAGGAAAGGGUAGGGUUGCGUUGGGUGUCACGAGGGAGAUCAGAGAUAGUAUUCUGAAGAGAAAAGAGAUUGAUAGGAAAGAAUCAGGCUCGGAGAAGGUAGAAAGGGCGACGAAGGAUACCAUCAGUGCUGGACCGACGGUUUCUGGUUCAUCAAGUCUUGCAUCAACGUCGGAUGCGACGUCUUCUCAGUCCUGGGCAUGGGAGGUUGGAAUGUCUCCUCAUGAUCCCCUGGAAAAAUCGUGGGCGGAGAAGAUCAAGGGAGCGGCUAUUUUGUCCUUCAGAGAUGGCAUGGAGACGUUGACAAGAAAGUUAGUGAAACGGUUGGGUGAGAGGGAGGGAGUGGAGAUAAGAGUCGGCGACAAGGGCCAGGUGAAGGCCAUCAAGUUUGACGAUACUGGAAAGUUAGAGGUGGGUACUAGAGUCUCUUGCAUUUCUGAAGGGAGCGAUACGUUGUCCGACGCGUGUUCUAGCGCCACAAUAGCACCACCCUUUAGCAAGUCUAGUCGUAUCCUACUUCUCGUCUUGACCAUGAGAGUCAGAUUGAUAUUGACACAUAACUCUUUACCUUCCUCGAUAGCUCACUGUAGGGUCCACCAUCGAUUCUGAAAUCCUCCGCUCAGAUUACAUCAUUUCCGCCCUUCCCAUCCCGGUCCUCUCCCAAAUUCUUACAAAUUCUCGCACAUCCUCAUCAGCAAAGAACCCAUCCCUUCAUUCCUCAGACACACUAGGCCCUCUCAUCUCCCACCUUAAUACUCCGCCUUCUCUCUCCACGACCUCUCCUACAAGCGCGACGUCAACAUCCGUCCUAGUCCUCAACCUCGUCUUCGCCUCGUCAUCAGUCCCUUUACACCCACCCGGUUUUGGCCAUCUCAUCCCCCGCGGCCCUUCGGACUACCAUAACGCAGCAAAGGAUGGAAACGACCUCGGUAUUCUUGGCGUCGUAUUCGAUAGUGCGAGUGUGGAGGGACAACAGGACUACGUUAUGUCCUCUACCAUCAUUCCCUCCGAUCAUGCCAACACAUCACUGCACUCUGGUGAUAGUGAAGUAGGCAGCAGAACGGAAUCGAAGUUCACGAAGAUUACCGUCAUGCUCGGUGGGCCCUACCCAACCCGACCGCUCAAAGAAUUAUCAGAAGAAGAAUUGCUCAAAAGGGUUUUGAACGCCCUCCAACACCAGCUCGGGCUCCCUGGACCACUACCGGCCCCGGUGUUUACGAAGAUGUGGUGGAACGAGGGUUCGAUACCGGUGUUUGGGGUCGGGCACGUUGAGUGGGCAGCGGAGGUGGGCAGGAGGGUGAAGGAGGCGUUUAGUACUCCGACACCCACUGAAGCAAGUGGCUCAGGUGGAGACAGAUUAGAAAGGAUGUGGGUAGGCGGAGCGGGCGUGAGUGGAGUUAGUGUGGGUGAUUGUAUUAAGAGUGGGAGGGAGGGUGCGAGGUGGGUUGAGAGGAUGGUUAGGCUCGAGGAGAGUCAAAGUCUUGAGGGCGAAGCGGCGUCGAAGGGGAUGGAGAUCGAGACGGAGAAGUGAGAGUUGGAUCGUUCGAAGGAGAAUAGUGCAUGUAAAUUAUGGAUAAUAAUGUUG